AGCUCAAAGGAGACCAAGAUGGCCACUGUGACUUCAAGAGAGAUGAAAGAAAAGGGCCCGUUACCUUGAAAAUCCCCGAACCUGGGGCCGCAUCCUACCUGUUGUUCUUCCUGUGGGGUUCCUAUACAUUAACACUUUGCCAUUUCAUAAUCGUUGUACUUUACUUUUUAGAAACUAGUGAAGUAAGUCUCAAACAAAUUUUGGAGACUUUGAACACAAGUAAGCCAGCUCCUGAAUUUGAAGAUGCACGUGCUGCCCUCAAUACUGUCCACGUGACGAGCUGCAGCAGAAUUCAGGUGAAUGACUUGAAAGAUGCUUUUGAUGACCUCAGUGUUUGUUUAAAGCCUGAAGAACACCAGAUGUUGGAAAAAACACUUGAUGUUGAUGAGAAGGGAAAUGUUUCCCUAAAGACUGCCCUUUUAGCGCUGAAGAGCAAUAAGCGUUUUCAAGAUUUUAGAGAGGUUAGUGAACUUGCAAAGGCCUUAGACAAAGUCACCCAUGAAAAAAUUGAUGUUGAUGAUGUAAAAGCUGUAUUGCAAGGCCUGGGGAUUUAUUUUCCAGAGGAAGAAUUACAGGAGGUGCUCACAUCCGUUUCUGUUGAUGAUGAAGGGAAAGUGGACUUAAAAGAUUGCCUGACUAGGUUGAUGCAAACGCCAUAUUUUACAAAAGGUUCAAAAAUAGACAACCUCUUGAAAGUUCUGGUCUCCAUUAGGAAAAAUGUGGCCAAUCCUGAUGACCUAGGCUCCAUGAUGAAAAGUAUAGGAGUUCCAUUACCACAAGAUGUGAUUGAAAGAGCAUUGAAGAAUGUGGCUCUCACAGAGGAUGGGACAGUAAAUUUAGAAGAGUUUAUGGGCAAUUUGGUCAAUUCAGAAUUUUCAUCUCUACUUGAAAGAAAUAGGAUUGAUGACAGCAAUCUAGACACCUUCCUAGGAAACAUGAGGAUGGAGAUGUCAGUUGAUAAAACAGUGAACAAGAAUGAGAUAAAAGAUAGGAGAUCAUCUAUGGGAAGGAAGAUUGAUUUCAGUAAUGUGGAUGCUGUUCUGAAAAACAUGGAUAUAAAACUUACAGAAGAUGAACAACAGGAACUACUAGAACACCUUUCAGCUACUACUGAUGAAGAUAUGGAUAUGAAAACAUUGAUAGGAAUUGUGAAGAUGCUUAAAGCUGAUAGGCAAGUUGAACUUAAUAAACUAGUGAAUGAAGCUAAAGCUGUUACAGGGUUGCAAGUUGAUGUUCACAACCUUGACACUAUUCUUGGAAACAUGGCAAUCAAACUUACAGCUGAGGAUGUUAAUGAUCUAACCCUAAAUCUACCAGUUGAUGGAGGAGAGGUUGUUUUCAAUAACAUGAAAAAAGUUCCAGGAAACAUGGGAAUAGAACUCAAAGAUGAGAAACACUGGGAGUUGGUGAACAAUCUGCCAACUGAUGGAGGGAACAUUAGUGUGAGUAAUUUGGACAGCAUUCUGGGAGAAAUGAGAAUUAAGCUCACAGAAAAGGAACAGGAAAAACUGACAGAAAACCUGCUACUUGCUGGAGGGGUUAUUGAUGUCAAUAAAGUGAAUACUCUUUUGCAAGACAUGGGGAUGAACCUUACAGAAAAGGAAAUUAAUGAUCUGACACACAGUUCACCAGCUGAUGGAGGAGAAAUUAAUGUCAGUGAUAUUGAAAAUACUCUGGAAAAAAUUGGGAUAGAGCUCACAGAUAAGGAAUGCUUGGAGUUACAGAAAUAUCUGCCAGCUGAUGCUCAUGGAAAACUGGAUCAGAAUAGCUUGAUGGAUGGUGUGAAAACUCUUAAAGGUGAGUGAUAAGUAUAAUGAAAAAACAGAUAAAUCUGGAAUAUAUGUGUUUACAUUCUCUAAAUUUAGAAUCCUGCCACUGUUUGUGUGUGUGUGUGUGUGUGUGUGUAAAACCAUAUUAAUGUUUUUUCCAGAGAUAUUUUCUGUACAUAUUUUACCAAACGGUCUCCUGUACUAUUCUUUAACCUUAAGAUUUAAGUGAAAACCCAUGUAAAAGCAGGACCCUUGAAUAACUUCACCCUUAGUGAAAUGGUAAACCAGAAAAAUGUCUCGUUAGCAC